AGAGCGAUGGAGCAGCAUGAAAAGGCUCCCGAUCGACUCCCUUAUUGCCUGCCAUUUGAGAUCAGCGCCAGCCCGCCCCCCCGAAGCCACCAAGCCAACGCGAAUCCACUGCAGUCUGCAAAGCCAAAGGAACACGCUGCCCGUCCCAGCGCUCCGACAGCCGCGCAGCCUCUGCAAGGAGUUGCAUAAUAAAAGGAACUUUUACUCUGUUAACGGUAGAUCUUUUUUUUUUUGGCAAGACAAUUUUUGUUUUUUAAAUGGCACCCUGGAUUUUUUUCCUUUUUACUUUUGUUGCUGUCCUUAAUGCGCAAGCACUGAAGCAGAUGUCCCUGGCUGAGUGCUGCAGAGCUGGCCAGGAACACGGCCAAACGUCACAGGACUGUGCCUCCCUGCCGCUUCUCUCCGAGUUCCCGGCAUGCAGGAUGGCCCAGGAGCAGUGCUGCGCUUCCGUCCUGGAGAGAUCGUCCUGUGAGCAGGGCAUAAACCUGGCCCUGGAGGAGGGGGCGUGCGAAGUCCUCUCGGGGAGCGCCUGCGAGACCAGAACCGCCAAGAUGUGCUGCCAGUGCUGCAUACUGGGCCGAGAGGCUCUGGCGGACGGUCUGAGCUGCGAUCUGAAGCUGCCAGUGGCUUACCAGUGCGGUGCAGUGUCCCACCAAUGCUGUCUCCAGGGCUUGGCCCAGGCAACGGGCAACAGCACCCUGGCCCUCGAAAACAAACUGCCUAGUGACCUGGACCAGGAGCCCCUCAAUGACAAGUGCACAAACAUUCAGUGUUCUCAGCGCUGCCUUGGCAACAACACCUGCGGCUGCUUUGAGGGGUACAGAUUGAAACCAGACGGUCGAAAUUGUGAAGACAUUAAUGAGUGCCUUCUGGGUGCCCACCACUGCCAGCUAGGCCAGCGGUGCAUCAACACGGGCGGCUCCUACCGGUGCCAGCGCGAGGCCAGCUGCGGCACUGGGUACGAGCUGACAGACAGCAACAUCUGUAAAGAUAUCGACGAAUGUGAGAUUGGAACCCACAACUGUGGCCAGGAGUUUGUAUGCCAGAACACACAGGGCUCCUUCCGAUGUCAGCCCCGUCACCAGUGUGGGCCGGGCUUCUUCCAGGAUGCCCUGGGGAGCUGCAUCGAUAUCAAUGAGUGUCUGAGUCAGAGUGCACCGUGUCCGGCCAGACAGACGUGCCUCAACACUGUGGGAUCCUAUGUCUGCCAGAGGAAUUCGCCGAGCUGUGGGCGGGGAUACCACCUCAGUGAGGACGGCACGCGCUGCGUGGACGUGGAUGAGUGUGUGGGGACAGAUGGGGCCUGUGCUGGCCACAAUUGCAUUAACACGGUGGGGUCCUUCCGCUGCCAGUGCCAAGCGGGAUACACCUUCAACAGCAUCAGUCGGGCAUGUGAAGAUAUCAACGAGUGCAGGCAUUUUCCAGGACGCCUCUGUGCACACAAAUGUGAGAACGUCCAAGGGUCCUACCAGUGUAGCUGCACCCUGGGCUUUAAGCUGGCCAGCGAUGGCAGGAACUGUGAAGACGUGAACGAGUGUGAGAGUGACCCCUGCAGUCAGGAAUGCGCCAACGUCUACGGUUCUUACCAGUGUUACUGUCGCCGAGGCUACCAGCUCAGCGACGUGGACGGGACCACAUGCGAAGACAUUGACGAGUGCGCCCUUCCCAUGGGGGGUCACCUCUGCGCGUACCGCUGUCACAAUGUGCCCGGUAGUUUCCAAUGCAGCUGCCCCCCCGUGGGAUACACCUUGGGGCCCAGCGGCCGCAGCUGCCAAGACGUGGACGAGUGUCUGACUGCGACACACAAUUGCACUGAAUCGGAGAGCUGCUUCAAUGUGCUGGGGGGAUUUCGCUGCCUGUCAUUCGAGUGUCCGGCCAACUACCGCCGCGCAGGAGAAAUGCCCGUCCGCUGUGUGAAGUCCUGCCUGCCGAAUGACGUGGCCUGCCUGUCAGAUCCUGUUCAGUCCAUCUCUCACACGGUGAUCUCCCUCCCUACCUUCAGGGACUUCGUCAAACCGGAAGAAAUCGUCUUCUUGAGAACCAACUCCCCAGCGCACUCGGCCUUGAGACCAGCUUUCCCCAGCAUCAUCUUUGACAUCCUAGCAGGCAACGUGCACAACUCUUUUGACAUCGUCAAGCGCUACGAGCAGAGCAUGGCUGUAGGUGUGGUCCGCCAGGUGAAGCCCAUCACUGGCCCAUUCUACACUGUCCUCAAGCUGGCCAUGAACCAUGUGAUGUCCGGAGUUGUGUCUUACCGCAACAUCAUCAAUGUCCACAUCUACAUCUCCGAGUUCUGGUUCUGAGCCAAGACCCAGAGACCCUAACCCCACCCUACACCCCUCACAGCCCCCAGCCCUACCCUUCUCCCCGUCCCCCCAUCUUCUGUGGUUGGAGGAGAGUGUGAAUGAUGUGUUGGGGAUGGCGGUAUGUCCUGUGGGAUGUUCACGGCGUCAUCCUUGCCGGCAAAAGGACUGGAACAUUGCUUUGUCCAUAGAGUGCAGGGUAAUCUCCGUCUGCUAGGGUGUAAAUACGUCACACUCUCGCUCAUUUUUCUAUCACGUUCUAGAUCAGCAUGGCUGUGUGGCUCUACGCCACGUGCUUCUCGCACCAUUACCGCACACCACCACUGCGUAAGCCCAUCAAGCUGAGCACAGAGCGCGAGUUAAAUGCCAGCAGAAGGCCCAUCACUACUGGCUCACUUUCGUGGGGAUAGGUUUACGAAUGUGAAACCGGAUGGGAAAUUAAAGGAGAGGCACAUAACAGUGCGUUAAUAAAAUGUUAAAUAUUCGCGACCUCGUCUGGUCAUUGUUACAGAGCUUCUUCCAUGUAAUCUCCCACCCACUAUGUCCUAUCCAACUCAUAUGCUAAAAGGAACAAGAAGUCAAGACCCCCAAAUGAUACGUAAAAGAGAAAUGGGCAGGAAGAUCCCCCCCCCCAUGCAGGAUGCCAUACAGGAUCAGGAGUGAAGACACACCAAUUUAAACAGGGAGCGAAGACCCCAAAUCAUAAAUGAACCCAAACGAAGAGAGAAGACCCCUGAUUCACACACCAACCCAAAUUGCGGGUAAGGGGCCCGUUACCCGAGCUGCCCCAUGGAGGCCUGCCGGGGGGCAGCACGUGCACCAGUCCCCUGGCUGGCUACCCACUGCCACACCGCAGCACAUGCUGCAGGAUAUAAGUAACUUCGAAUAAAAUCAGCCUAUUUCUUUUUUCAUCCUGCAGACCACUGUUUUUCAUUACGCAAAACAAGAAAAUGUCACUUUUAAACUAUGGGCAGACCAGUCCCCUUUGCCUGUAUAUCAGGUACAUGAGAAAGAGCUAAUCAUAAAGCAUGUGUCUUGUUUUAGAAAUUAACUGAAUUGCAGAAACAGGCUGUAAGAGACAGCACCACUAACUGUGAGAGAUCUCCAGAUUAUAGAGAGAGAACCACUGACUGAAAGAUCUCCAGAUUAUAGAGAGAGAACCAUUGACUGUGAGAGAUCUCCAGAUUAUAGAAAGAGAGCCACUGACUGUGAGAGAUCUCCAGAUUAUAGAGAGAGAACCACUGACUGUGAGAGAUCUCCAGAUUAUAGAGAGAGAACCACUGACUGAAAGAUCUCUAGAUUAUAGAGAGAGAACCACUGACUGAAAGAUCUCCAGAUUAUAGAGAGAGAACCAUUGACUGUGAGAGAUCUCCAGAUUAUAGAAAGAGAGCCACUGACUGUGAGAGAUCUCCAGAUUAUAGAGAGAGAACCACUGACUGAAAGAUCUCCAGAUUAUAGAGAGAGAACCACUGACUGAAAGAUCUCCAGAUUAUAGAGAGAGAACCAUUGACUGUGAGAGAUCUCCAGAUUAUAGAAAGAGAGCCACUGACUGUGAGAGAUCUCCAGAUUAUAGAGAGAGAACCACUGACUGUGAGAGAUCUCCAGAUUAUAGAGAGAGAACCACUGACUGAAAGAUCUCCAGAUUAUAGAGAGAGAACCACUGACUGAAAGAUCUCCAGAUUAUAGAGAGAGAACCAUUGACUGUGAGAGAUCUCCAGAUUAUAGAAAGAGAGCCACUGACUGUGAGAGAUCUCCAGAUUAUAGAGAGAACCACUGACUGUGAGAGAUCUCCAGAUUAUAGAGAGAGAACAACUGACUGUGAGAGACCUCCAUACUUUAGAGAGGGCACCACUGACUGUGAGAGACCUCAAUAUUAUACAGAGGGCACCACUGACUGUGAGAAAUCUCUAGAUUAUAGAGAACCACUUACUGUAAGAGAUCUCCACAAUAUACAGAAAGCACCACCGACUGUGAGAGAUCUCCAGAUUAUAGAUAGGGUAACACUGACUGUGAGAGACCUCCAGAUUAUACAGAAAGCAACACUGAUUCUGAAAGAUCUCCAGAUUAUAGAGAACCACUGGCUGUGAGAGAUCUCCAGAAUAGGGAGAUGUAUCAGCAGCCUUGAUCCCCUUAAAAGGCAAAGCAAUAAAAUCUCAUGUUAAAAAGGCUGCAAAACAGUCAUCAGAGACAAAGGAUUCCCCAGCUGCCUGGAUGGUGCCUGGGGUGGAUUAUGGGUUGUGUGGCCCCUGGCAAAACGUUCGCGAGGGCCCCCCCCCACCACCACCACCACCACCAGCACCACCACCACAACCACCACAAUUCAAGGGCCCUUGGCAGCCAAACGCCCUCCCUAUAGGGUCAGGGGCCCUUGUAGGUAGAGGAUCAAAGAAUGUAGGCCCUCUAAAAUAGACAAACGAAAAUACAUUGUGCAAAUUGUUUUGGGCUAGAGGCCCCACGGGCCCCCUGCACCCCAAGGGCCCCUGGGCAGCGGCCCCGCUGGCCCGGUCCGUAAUCCGUCCCUGGAUGGUGCACUUCAAUGUUAGUGAGAAUUAUUUAUACUAAAUAGUAACUGUUACUGUUAUACAUAGAUACAUUACAUGCAUGGAACGCUGCACUGCAUUGGUGGUAAGAUUUGCCUCAUUUAUUGAUUAAAUUGAUAUGAUAAUAAAGUUUCUACACCACGAA